AUGUCCUAUGUGUUCCACACAUUCACCUGUAGCAUGAAAUUUCAAUACAUCCAGUUCUUCUCUCAUCCCGAUAGCCAGGUUACCCUGUUCUUAUAUGCGCCCGACGGCCUUCACAAGAGCUUGGAAAAGACUGUGCGCUUUCUGACAGGGUUCGUUACUCCCAGUCCACCUCAUCAGAUCGAUGAACAUGAUGAGAACUUCCGAGAAAGGGUCAGCCUAGGCGAAUGCUGCUCACCUCAUGUCCUGACCCUAGACGUCCAUCCUGUACACUUCAGUGAAGAAUUGUUUACUAUCUCUGCAACAACAUUCCUUUAUAACCGGGGAUUUCUCGUUCGGCAGCUCAAGAGUUCAGUCAUUGAUCAUAUGUUUCAAGAAAUGGUCGAACCAGCUGUUUUAGUCAACAAUUCUAUGGUAACUCCACUAGUACCAAUGUCGAAGUUCAAUCUUACUGGUUUGCUAUUGUCUCGGUCACACUGUCUGCGAAUUUAUGUUGACAAGAUUAACAUUCCUCGAAGCGAGCCUUCUGUGGAAGAGGUAAGGGAAUCAAACAAUGAGAGGCUUCAUAAUGACCGAAAGGCUUCUCAAGACCAGGGGGCUAUUUCGAGACUACUGAUCUCAUGGAUUGAGCAAUGCAAGAAAAGUAUCCGAUCACAUCACGCCGCACUAUUAGAGUCAGACAACAUAAACUACUCGGGGUUUGCGCCACCAAGAGUAACGCGGCUCCUCAUUUCAAAUGUCAUUAUAAUCGAGAACCUUAUUGCCAUACUGCAGGCGAAUAAGGACGUCCUUCUUGUUCACAUAUUACGCCACAGUAGGCAACAGACAUCAUGGCUUCACGAACUCUACGCUUGGCUAGUAUGCUCCCUGAUGGUAACUCCAGUUGAGCGAAAGUCAAUGGAUUCUCCGUCGCGUCACUGCGCGCUGGGUGUGGCAUGUACGGCUUUUCUCAUGGUGCAUUGCAUAGGGUUUAACAUAUCGGCACCUUUUGGCAUGAUUCUUGUUGUUCUUGGGCUUUGGCUCCUUGCUGCGAACCUAAAAGUGAAACCGCGAGAAACAGUGAAUCCACAGACCUGUCUCCAGUCCCGCAACAGUCCAAAAGUAAUAUCAGGGUCGAUUCGAUACAAUGGCUGGCUUAAAUUCAGGCGUACUGUUGCAAAUAACCAAACUAAUGUCUACUUUAAAGUCAAUGGCAGGCCGGUCCGAGUUGCGUGGACAGAGCGUAUUUAUAACUCCAACGAAUCAUACAAUGCUGUAUUACUAGUCCCUGCGGAACCAAAGAUGGAGACAAUCGAUGUUGAAGGACCGUAUAAUAUGCCUAUGAGCCCAUAUGUUAACGGGCCAGCGCAGCUCCAUAUAUUUGCAACAGAUAGUGGCAUUCUUGAAGCCUAUUCCUGCUUCCGUUGGAGGCAAAGGUUUCUCACUACAACCUCAAGUACCACCAAUCUUAUCUGGUUAAGCGCUGAUCUAGAGUUUGUGACACUGAUGCUAGAGCAUUUUCACGUAAUGUCAUGCUCUGCUUUAAUUACAGUUAUCUACUUUGUAGACCCAAAAAAUAAUAUCAGCGAAGCUGAGGCUGAGGCUGAGAUAAAUGAGGCUGAACGUAUUGUUGGCAAAAUUGGUGUGGCUAAUUUAGAGUUCCAGGCUGAGGUGGCAUCUCUAAGCGAACUUUUAAAAGAUAUGCUGAGUUACAGCACUGAACAGUACAUUGUUGGAGAAAACUUGCGAUCAUACAGUGAGAAACCAAGCUGUCUCGACACUGACGUUGAGGCUCUUGACAGCAUCAGUACCAAGGGACUCUGAGUUUCUCACCCCAGCCCCCCCCGCAAAUCAACGUCAAUAAAGAAAUUGCCGAGGUUGUCAGAGCCAAGUUAAUUAUAGCAGUGCCUGCUCUGGAUUUACGCGUAUAAACUUGACUAGCAUAUAGAGUUACUCGUAUUGCUACGCUCUUCUAUAGAGUGCCGCUAAGUAUGGUUAGAG